UUUCUUGGAGCCAUAGACUUCUAACAUACCUAGAGAUGUCACACAGUUGGUUAGAUAGUUGAGGUUGGUGGGCGAAGACUCAGGAGAUCACAUUCUCCCUCCUAUCCACGAUGUGUCGGGCAGUGGGACUCGGCCUUGGGCACAGAGACUUGAAGCCGUGGAUGAUUGCCGGGCUCACUGCAGUGUUGCUGACAGCAGGGGCUGUGACUGCUGGUAUUCUGGCUCCCUUCUUAGUCUCUGGCCAAAAUACAGAGUACUAUCACGGAACCUUUAAAAUCUCAGAUCUACGAGUCAAUAGCAACUCUGGGCAAAGCAGCACAUACCAACUUAAAGACUUACGGGAGAUGAGUGAAAGUUUGGUGGAUGAGACAUUCAUAGACUCAGCCUUGAACAAGCACUAUAUCAAGACCCGUGUGGUCAGACUGAUUCCAGAGGAAGAUGGUGUGAGAGCUGAUGUCAUUAUGGUGUUCCAGUUCUCCUCUUCUGAGCAAAGGGCAGUGAGAGAGAAGAAAAUCUAUAGCCUCUUAAACCAGAAGAUAAGGAAUACAAGAGCCUUGUCAAUAAGUGCCUCAUCUGUUCAGGUUAAUGCAAUGAGCUCAUCAACAGGGAAACUAACUGUCCAAGCAUGUUGUGGCAAACGAGUUGCUCCAUUAACAGUCAACAGGAUAAUGUCUGGAGACAUUGCAGCCAAGGCUGCCUGGCCCUGGCAGGCCUCCCUGCAGCGAGACAAGGUUCACCAGUGCGGCGCCACCCUCAUCAGCAGCACAUGGCUUGUUACUGCCGCGCACUGCUUCAAGAGUAACAGAAAUCCACAUGAAUGGACUGUUAGUUUUGGAACAACAAUUGACCCUCCCUUAAUGAAAAGAAACAUCAGAAGAAUCAUCUUGCACGAGAAGUAUCACUCCCCAGGGAGGGAGCACGACAUUGCCCUGGUGCAGUUCUCUCCCCGGGUCACCUUUUCAGAUGACGUCCGCCGGAUUUGUUUGCCAGAAGCCUCUGCAUCCUUCCCACCAAAUUCGACUGUCUACAUCACGGGAUUCGGAGCACUUUACUAUGGUGGAGAAUCCCAAAAUGAUCUCCGAGAAGCCAAACUGAAAAUGAUAAGUAACGAUGUGUGCAAGCAGCCACAGGUUUACGGCAAUGACAUAAAACUCGGCAUGUUUUGUGCUGGAUAUCUGGAAGGAAUUUAUGAUGCCUGCAGGGGUGAUUCUGGGGGACCAUUAGUUGCAAAGGACCUUAAAGACACGUGGUAUCUCAUCGGCAUUGUGAGCUGGGGUGACAACUGUGGUCAAAAAAACAAGCCUGGAGUGUACACACAAGUGACGUAUUACCGGGAGUGGAUCACUUCCAAAAUAGGCCUCUAAGUCUCCAUGAGUGCUGGACAGGGGGCUGUGUUCAGGUCACAGGCCUGAGAGUACAAAUGUUCAGUGGAUGUGGAGCCGUUAAGUGAGGUGGAAUGACCCAGCUUGGGCCACAAAACCCAUGACACAAUUUACUUUAGAAUCAUUUUAGUCAACAAGUAAUCCAUAACUAGUGUAUAAGGGAAUUUUAUUCAUAAAGUAAUGGACCAGUUUAGCCUGGCUUGAAAAAUACCAGCUCUUUAAAGCAUGAAAGUUAUCACUUGAGGCCAGGAGUUUAAGACUAGCCUGGGCAACAUAAUAAGAGCCCAUCUCUAUGAAAAAUUUUUAAAACUAGUGGGGCAUUGUGGCACAGCCUGUGGUUCCCUGUAGUGAGCUGUGACCAGGCCCCUGCAUGCCAGCCAGGGUGACAGAGCAAGACUAUACUCUAAAACAAAAUAAUAAUAAGUAAGUAAAAAUAGAUUAAGAUCACAAACUUGAAGUAUAAAUGAGAUGCAACACAGAUUUUUGAAGAGAGUCCAUGAUAGGUCAGAGUACCUUUGUCAGGGUGUCCCUAUAAGUGAUUCUGAAAUCUCAAUUCAGGAAGCCCUUAACUGACUCCUUAUUGUUCUUCUGGAGUUCAUAAUUUUUUUUUUCUUUUUCUUUAUUAUUCCUCAUUUUCUUUUCUUAGUUUUUUUUUUUUUCUUUGAGCAGAGUCUCACUUUGCUGCCCUUGGUAGAGUGCCAUGGCGUCAUGGCUCACAGCAACCUCAAAUUCUUGGUCUCAAAUUAUUCUCUUGCCUCAGUCUCCCAAGUAGCUGGGACUACAGGCACUCACCACAAUGCCUGGCUAUUUUUUUUUUUUUUUUAGAGAUGGCACCCUCCUCGGUCUCCCAAAGUGCUAGGAUUACAGGCAUGAGCCACCACACCCAGCCCUAUUCCUCAUUUUCUAAAAAGCUUUUUUUUUAAGACAGAGUCUUACUUAGUCAUCCUCGGUAGAGUACUAUGGCAUCAUAGCUCACAGCAACCUCAAACUCUUGGGCUCAAGCAAUUCUUUUACCUAAGAUUCCAGAGUAUUUAAGACUUAUAGGUGCCUGCCACAAUGCCCAGCUAUUUUUAGAGACAGGGUCUUGCUCUUGCUUAGACUGGUCUCAAACUCCUAAGCUCAAGCAAUCCACCCAUCUCUGCCUCCCAGAAUACUGGGAUUACAGGUGUGAGCUACCAUGCCCAACCUCUAAAAAGUUUUUCCUCCAUAAGAAAUAAAUUUGCUACUUCUAAACCCAUUCGAAAGACACUCAUAAAAUAAAGUAAUGCAGGAAAUAAAGUCUGGCAGUAAAUCAAGCCAGAGACCGUCUAAAUUUUCUUCAGUUGCAAAACCUCUUUAAUAUUUUGGUGAUUUUUUUAGCAUGUAUACAUGCACACAUUCCCUAACCCUAAAGAUCUACUUAGAAAAAUUCUGAUUAAUGAAUUGUAUUUAUUUAUAGUAACUAGUUAAUCAAAAAUGUAUUUUUGUUAUGAAAUUUAGGGGGAAGGUGAUGGUAACUUCCUGAGUAGUCACAAAACAAGGACCCAAGAAUUUGGUAGUUUAUAGGUGCAUUUACCAUGACAAGACACAGUGGAACCUUAAAUGCUCAUUACUGAGUGACGUCAGUCAGUCUAAGGAACCUUAAAUGCGCUUUACUGAGUGAACUCAGUCAGUCUGAAGAGCCUCAUUUGUUGUCAGGGUUUGUGGGGAUGAGCCUACAGAUGAGAAUUUAGGGAUAUAAAGCCCCGUGCUGCACUGUGACCGUGAAGGAGCGUCAUGAUAUACUGGAGGGUGAGCAACACCAAGAGUGACCACAUGUCGCCCAUGAACUGAGGGUGACAGUGUGUGCCCUGCAUAUUCACUGGCUGUGACACAUGUACCCCUGGUUCUGGGUGCCAAUUGUGGGGAGGGCUGUGCAUGUAUGGUGGGCGGUAAGGGGACAUAUGGGGACUCUGCACUUUCCACUGAACUUUUCUCUGAAUAUAAAUUGUUCUAAAAAAUAAAACCUGCUUUAAA